CCAGGAAGUGGCAGCAGCAGCCAGAAGUUUGUUGAUUGCGGACCGGAGCGGCUCUUUAACCUUCACUUUAACCCCCUGGAAGCCUCCAGAAUGUCUGAUUUCGAGAGCAACCCCUUCGCGGAGCCUUCGGCCCACAACCCGUUCAACGACCCGUCGGUCACGCAGGCGACCAACUCCUCUCUGGAGCCGGUGGACGCCUUCACACCGUUCUCCCCGGCCGGCCAGGACACGGCAGCGCGGACCACUCCGGCCUCCACCCAGCCGGCGGUGCUGCAGCCGUCCACCGAGCCCAGCCCUCAGGCGUCGGCGGCCGCGGCUCAGGCCAACCUGCUGCGGCAGCAGGAGGAGCUGGAGAGGAAAGCAGCCGAGCUGGACCGGCGGGAGCAGGAGCUGCAGACCCGCGGGCCCGCAGGGAAGGCCAACAACUGGCCGCGGCUGCCCAAGAGUUUCCCCAUCCGGCCGUGUUUCUACCAGGACUUUGAGGAGGAGAUCCCGCCCGAGUACCAGCGGGUCUGCCGGAUGAUGUACUACCUGUGGAUGUUCCACAGCGUGACCCUGUUCCUGAACCUGCUGGCCUGCCUGGCCUGCCUCACAUCGGACACCGCCUGUGCCGUGGACUUCGGCCUGUCCAUCCUCUGGCUCAUCCUGUUCACGCCCUGCUCCUUCCUGUGCUGGUACCGGCCCGUCUACAAGGCCUUCAGGACCGACAGCUCCUUCAGCUUCUUCUUCUUCUUCUUCGUGUUCUUCUGCCAAGUGGUGAUCUUCGUCAUCCAGGCGGUGGGAAUCCCCAAGUGGGGCAACAGCGGCUGGAUCACGGCCUUCACCGUCAUCGGAGCGAACAAAGCGGUGGGAGCCAUCAUGAUGGUGGUGGCCGUGCUCUUCACCUUCUGCGCCGGGAUGUCCAUCUUCAUGCUCAAGAUGGUCCACAGCAUGUACCGCCGGACCGGCGCCAGCUUCCAGAAGGCCCAGCAGGAAUUCUCCCAGGGGGUUCUGACCAGCAAGACCUUCCAGACCGGCGCCGCCGGGGCCGUGUCCUCCGCCGCCGCCGGGGGGCUGAGGGGGGGCAACUAGCCGGACCGGAACCAGACCGGACCGGAUCAGGGUCCCCGGGUCGGGUCUGACGGUGGACUGAAGUCAGGAAGUCCAGGUCCAGAACCAGACCGGGCCUCCCUGGUGCUGCGACGACCUCCUGACCUACAGACCCUGAUCCAGGGGAGGCCACGCCCCCUUCCACCAUGGCUCCUCCCACCCGGGACUCCUCCCACCGGGACUCCUCCCCAUAGACACGCUGGAACGUAAUCCAGCGUCGCCGCCAUCUUGGAUGGGUCUCCUCACUCCAGGCGCCAGAGACAACCGGAGUCACCGUAGAGCGAAACUAUGCCCGUAUUUUGUACAGUUUACGGUUGCAAUAACCGGCGCAGUAUUGAAGCGAGAUCGCGUGGGAUCACCUUUCACAAGUAAGAUUGAACAAUAAUUUAGACUAUUUUACCAUUUGUAAUAUUAUAUCAUCGUAACUAAUGUUACUUACGUGUAACUGAAUCCUCAAAGCUUUGUAGUGAGCACUUCAAACCUAGAAACAUGAAACCUUUAGUUCAGAUAUAUAUAUAUAUAUAUAUAUAUAUAUAUAUAUAUAUAUAUAUAUAUAUACACAUACAUAUAUAUAUUCAUAUUCAAAUGAACAAUCAAACUUGUUUCUUUAUCAAAAUAUAGAAUUUAUUCUAUAUUUAUUUAAGAGCAUAAUACAAAGUCUUUCAGCGUAAAAGUAAGUAUUUUUAAUGUGUGACAGCGUCCUGUAUCAUAACUAAAUCUCUGCCGUUUGUAAAAAAAUCAAACCGUGUAAAAAUUGGGUAAAAUUCGGGGAGUUAUGGAUUAUUGUAGUCGGGGAUGAAAGACCCAUCCAAGAUGGCGGCCGCAUUGGAGACCCAUCCAAGAUGGCGGCCGCAUUGGAGACCCAUCCAAGAUGGCGGCCGCGCCUGAAAGUCAGCUCCAAUAGGCAGCGUCUACGUGUCUAUGCUCCUCCCACCCGGGACUCCUCCCCCUCAGAUGAUUGACAGCUUCCAGCAGAGUCACCCAGGUGAUGAAGAUCUUACCCAGAAUGCUCUGCUCUACAAAUUUUGUCCUGUUUUGUGUAACAUUGACCUGUCGUGGCUCCGGAGCCCGAACCGGGACCGGAACCGGAACCCGAACCCGGCGGCUCGGUUCUGGUCCUGGAUGCCGCAGGGCCGUUGCCACGGCGACGUCCGUCAGGACGUCACCUGAUCAUUUCACGUGUGUACAGUUCAGAUCUAAUCAAAUAUAAUUUAAUUUCACUGGAAACGAAUUUUGUAAAAACCUUAAAAAAAAUCUUUUCUUUCUUUUUUUUUUUUUUUUUUUCCUUUUGUUUGUUUUGAAACUUCGACUGAAUCUCCAAAGUUCCCUGAAAGAGUUCCUGGUUACAACAAACCAGACCUGGUCCUACAUUUUACGUCUGAAAUAAUUUAUUUCUUUUAAAUGAGCAAAUGUUUAUAUUUGGAGUUUUAAAGUCUUAAUAUUUCAGAGGAGUGUCAUUUCAUUUUCAUUUCAAAUGUGCAAAUUUUGAUUUAAGUUCUUUUGUGUUUUUGGAAUCUUUGAUUUUCACUUUUGAAAUAUAAUAUAAUUAUGUUAUAAUGUCAUUUCAAUCUGUAAAAAUGUUUUUUUAAGUCAGAUUUCAUGGUUUUUACAACUUUGCAGUUUGAUGAAAUCAGAAUUUCCUCUAUUUUUGUGCUAAUUGGGGCCCCCCCAGACCGGGGCCCCUCAGACAGACGGGGCCCGAGAAAGCUGGAGCCGGCCCUGCUCCCUGGCAGGUCUGAACCGGUUUGAACCGGUUGGAUCCAGAACCGAUGGCUGUGAUGUUAGAUGGUGGUGUAUCAGAGUUGGAUAACUGGUCUAAUAAAAUGCCUUUGCUCUUUUAAAA